AUCAAUAAAAUUCGUUGAUCGCGUAUAGAUUGUACGUCUAUCUUGGUCCGCAUUAUCGCGUACAAGUGAGUUUAUUGUUGAAAGUGUUGAAACUGCAGACGAGGGAGUUCCAUCGAUUGGUACGGAAGUGUGUUUUUCUUGUAAUUGUCACGUAGAUCACGAUUUAAUUUCGAAUUACUUUUUGAUAAUUCAAUUUUUGAACUUUAAAGGAAUAAAUCGUUGUAAUAAGACAACUUCAAAACUUCAGUAGUCCGCGGCGAUUAUACCUGGACUUUAUGAACGGAAGCUCCGAAACAAAUUUGUGAGUAGCUAAUGACUAAAAUUCGAUACAAAUGAUUCUGCUAAAAUUGAUAGAUAAGAUGUCUGGUCAAACGCAGAGGCCUGACUGGAUUCGUCCAUCAGGGCCCUUAAAUGUAUGGAAAUUCAUCGAUGAUUAUGAAAUGUUACUCGAUGGAACCUGUAGUCCGAUCAAAAUUUCCAUUCCGGAAAUUCCUCCAGAUAGGCACGAGGAGGUUAUCGAACACAUGUGCACAUACUUUAUGAACGAGGAUCCAAUAUGCAAGAGCCUAAGUAUACUAUUAUUUUCAUUUAUUUUAUUUUCUUUUUUAACUCUUUCUAUAACAGAGAGAGAGAGAGAAAAAAAAUUUUCAUCUCCUUUAUCUAUAAGCUUUAAAAUUUAUUAUGAGCUGUCUCUAAAAGCAGGCGUUUGCAAGUUAUUUGGAAUUGAUAAAUACAUAUAUGCCACUGGUUUAAGCGUUGCGCCUGCUUACCGCGGACAGAAACUUGGACAGCGAUACUUGAAAACCGAUAUUGGAAGGUAUUAUGGAAUUAAGAUUUCAACUUUUACGUCUAUAACAGCCAAGAUCUUGGCAGAGCGCGCUGGAUUCAAGGUUGCGCAUACUCAGUAUUACGCGAAUAUAUUAAACAAAGAUGGAACUCCUAUUUAUCCGAAUCUUGAAGCGGUAGACAUGAAAAUUAUGAUAAAGAAAUUAGAAUAG